AUGGCACAAAAAGACAAUUCUGGUGAUAUUGCCACCAAGGAAGAAUCAACAAAACAACAACAAAAGGAAAUUGUUGAUAAAUCAAAUAAAAAAGAUAAUAAAAAGGAUAAAAAAGAUGAAGAAGAAUUAACUGAAGAAGAUGAAAAAUUAAAAAAUGAUUUGGAUUUAUUAGUUGAAAGAUUAAUUGAAUCAAAUGAAAAACUUUAUGAUCAUUUAUUAGAACAAUUGAAAGAAUUUAUUAGUUCUUCAACUUCAUCAAUGACUGCUGUUCCAAAACCUUUGAAAUUUUUACAUCCUCAUUAUGAAUCAUUAACACAAGCAUAUGAAAAAUGGACUGAUUCAAAAUUAAAAUCUAAAUUUGCUGAUAUAUUAUCUGUUUUAAGUAUGACACAUUCUGAAGAUACUAAACAAGCUGCUUUAAAAUUCAGAAUAUUAUCAAAAGAAGAUGAUUAUGAGAAAUGGGGUCAUGAAUAUAUUCGUCAUUUAGCUUUAGAAAUUGGUGAAGCAAGUGCUGAAAUCUUGGAAGAAGAAGAAGGUGAAAAUAAAUCUGAUUUUGAUCAAGCUGAUUUGAAAAAAAUUACAUUGAAAGUUGUUCCAUAUUUUCUUAAACAUAAUCAAGAAGCUGAUGCUAUUGAUCUCUUGUUAGAAACUGAUAACAUUAGUGAAUUACCACAAUUUGUUGAUAAAGAAAUUUAUGGUAGAGUUGGUUUAUAUUUGGUUAGUUGUGUUCCUUUAUUACCACCUCCAGAUGAUUUAGAAUUCUUACAAACUGCUUAUUCAAUUUAUUUAGAACAUGGUGAAUUGACUCAAGCUUUAGCAUUAGCUGUUAGAAUUGAUAAUGAUGAAUUAAUUGAAGCAGUUUUCAAUGCUACUUCAGAUUUAUCAAUUAAAAAACAAUUAGCUUUAAUCUUAUCAAAUCAAAAUUCUUCAUAUAAAAAUGAAGAAGUUCAAGAUUUGAUUUACAAUUCAAAAUUAUCAGAAAAAUUCCAUUAUUUAGCUAAAGAAUUGAACUUAUUAGAUCCAAAAGUUCCAGAAGAUGUUUAUAAAUCACAUUUAGAAAACACACGUCAAAAAACAACUUCAAUUGAUUCAGCAAAACAAAAUUUAGCUGCUAGUUUUGUUAAUUCAUUUUUAAAUUUAGGUUAUGGUACUGAUAAAUUAUUAACUGAAGAUGAUAAAUGGAUUUUCAAAACUAAAGGUGAUGGUAUGUUAUCCACCACAGCUUCUAUUGGUUCAGUUUAUCAAUGGGAUAUUGAUGGAUUACAACAUUUAGAUAAAUAUUUGUAUUCAACUGAAGAUGAAAUUAAAGCUGGUGCCUUAUUAGGUAUGGGUCUUUUAGGUUCAGGUGUUCAUGAUGAAGUUGAACCAGUUUUAUUAUUAUUACAAGAUUAUGUUAAUGAUCCAAAUAGAAAAUUAAGCACAGCUUCUAUCUUAGGUUUAGCUCUUUCAUUUUCAGGUUCUCAAAAUGAAGAUUUAUUAAACUUAUUAUUACCAUUAGUUUCAGAUCUUGAAGUUCCAAUUGAAAUUUCUGCCCUUUCUGCGUUAGCUUUAGGUCAUGCUUUUGUUGGUACUUGUAAUGGUGAUAUUACUUCAACAAUUUUACAAACAUUAUUAGAAAGAGAUUUUGAACAAUUAAAGAGUAAAUGGAUUAAAUUUUUAGCUUUAGGUUUAGGUCUUUUAUUCAUGGGUAAAGCUGAACAAGUUGAUGAUGUUUUAGAAACCAUUCAAGCUAUCGAACAUCCAAUUGUCAAGAGUCUAGAAGUUUUAACUAGAAUCAGUGCUUAUGCUGGUACUGGUAAUGUUUUAGAAAUUCAACGUUUAUUCGAAAUCUUAACACCAGAAGGUCCAGAGCCUGAAAAGAAGGAAGAUGAAGAUGAAGAUGAAGUUGCUGAAGAAGAAGAAAAAAAAGAAACUGAAUCAAAAAUUAGAGCUAAAUAUAAAGGCAAAACCGCUAAAACAGAUGCUGAUGGUGAUGAAGAUAUCACUGAAUCUGCCCCAUUAAAUGCUUUUGAAGCAGAAUCUGAAAGUACCAAGAAAGAAGGUGAAGAUGAUGAUGACGAAGAUGAAGAUUCUGAAGAAUCUAAAUCUAAAGAAAACGAUGAUGAUUCACUAUCAUAUGCCGUUUUAGGUAUUGCUAUUAUUGCCUUAGGUGAAGAUAUUGGUAAAGCUAUGAGUUUACGUCAUUAUGGUCAUAUCUUAGAUUAUGGUAGCCCUUCAGUUCGUCGUGCGGUUCCAUUAGGUAUUGGUUUAUUAUCACCAUCCAAUCCACAAGUUAAUAUUAUUGAAUCAUUAUCUAGAAUGUCACAUGAUACAGAUGUUGAUGUUGCUAUUAAUGCCAUUUAUUCCAUGGGUUUAAUUGGUUCAGGUACCAAUAAUGCUAGAUUAGCUCAAUUAUUCAGACAAUUAGCAAGUUAUCAUAGAGAUUCAAAUGCCUUAUUUACAACUAGAAUUGCUCAAGGUUUAACUCAUUUAGGUAAAGGUACCAUGACAUUGAAUCCAUUCACAACUGAAGGUAGAAUUUUAUCAAAAGUUACAUUAGCUUCAUUAUUAACCGUUGCUGUUGGUUUCUUAGAUCCAAGCUUCAUCUUAGAAAAUCACUCAUUAUUAUUCUUCUUAAACAGUGCAUCUCGUCCAAGAACAUUAAUAACAGUGGAUGAAGAUUUAAAUGAAAUCCAAGUUACAGUUAGAGUUGGUAAAGCAGUUGAUGUUGUUGGUCAAGCUGGUAAUCCAAAGACUAUCACUGGUUGGGUUACACAAACCACUCCUGUUCUUUUAGGUUAUGGUGAAAAAGCUGAAUUAGAAGAAAACAGUGAAUAUAUUGCACUUUCAUCAUUCCUUGAAGGUAUUGUUAUUUUAAGAAAAAAUCCAGAUUAUAUAGAGCCUGAAAAGCAGUAA